AUGUCAGAAAUUACCACUAAAAAAAGAAAACUCUCUGUUGAAAAUGGCAUAGAUGUUUCAGAACCCUUACCCAAAACCGCACAUAUGCAGUGUCCGUACUUAGAUACGAUCAAUAGACAUGUCCUUGAUUUUGAUUUCGAAAAACUGUGUUCAGUAUCAUUGACAAGAAUUAAUGUUUACGCUUGUCUCGUUUGUGGAAAGUAUUUUCAGGGUAGAGGUACUAACACACAUGCCUAUACACAUUCCGUAGCUGAAGGGCAUCAUGUUUUUCUUAAUCUGCAUACUUUGAAAUUUUACUGUUUGCCGGAUAACUAUGAAGUUAUAGAUUCCUCAUUGAAUGACAUCAAAUAUGUCUUGAAUCCAAUAUUUACUCCAGAACAGAUUAAACAGCUAGACUUUAAUACAAAGAUGUCUAGAGCUAUUGAUGGUACUAUGUAUAUGCCAGGAAUCGUGGGACUUAACAACAUAAAAGCCAAUGAUUAUUGUAAUGUAAUAUUACAGUGUCUUGCACAAGUUCGGCCACUUCGUAACUAUUUUUUGCGUGAGGAAAAUUAUGCAAACAUAAAGAGACCUCCAGGAGAUUCCUCUUUUUUGUUGGUGCAGCGGUUUGGAGAGCUACUGAGAAAGUUAUGGAACCCACGUGCUUUUAAAGCUCAUGUAUCACCUCAUGAAAUGCUACAAGCUGUGGUCCUUUGGUCUAAGAAAAGAUUUCAAUUUAUUAAACAAAGUGAUCCUAUUGAUUUCUUGUCAUGGUUUUUGAAUUCCCUGCACAUGGCACUUAAUGGUACGAAAAAGCCUAAUAGCUCGAUAAUCUACAAGUCAUUUCUUGGUCAUAUGAGAAUAUAUACAAGAAAGUUGCCACCACCAGAUGCUGACGAUGCUGCUAAAAUUGAUCUUAACAGUGAGGAGUAUGCCGAAAUGAUAACAGAAUCGCCGUUUUUGUACUUGACUUGUGAUCUACCACCGACCCCUCUUUUUACAGAUGAGUUUAGGGAAAAUAUUAUACCUCAGGUAAAUCUGUAUCAAUUACUUUCAAAGUUCAAUGGUCAAACAUCAAAAGAGUACAAAACCUAUAAAGAAAAUUUCUUAAAGAGAUUUGAAAUAACACAGUUACCACCAUAUCUUAUAUUGUAUAUAAAACGUUUUACGAAAAAUACUUUUUUUGUAGAGAAGAACCCAACCGUAGUUAACUUUCCUGUUAAGAAUGUUGACUUCGGCGAUAUAUUAACAUCAGAAAUAAAAGCUAAACAUAAAGGGAAAACAAUUUAUGAGUUAGUAGGGAAUAUAGUACAUGAUGGUACACCUGAGAAAGGAACUUACAGAGCACAUGUUUUACACACGCCUACACAACAAUGGUAUGAAAUGCAAGAUCUCCAUGUAACUAGCAUAUUACCUCAAAUGAUCACACUCACAGAAGCUUAUAUACAAAUAUACGAGUUGAAGCAGGACUGA